UCAGCCCAAUUAAGGCGGACUUCAGCCGCUCUCUUACGUGUACACCCAACAAGAUCGGCGUUAAGGCAACACCAGAAUAUUUGGCGAAAAAAAAAAAAGAGGAGAGAGGGAGAGUUUUUUUUUCUCCUAGUCUCAGAAACAUGUCGAUGAGUCCCAAGCAUACUACUCCCUUUUCAGUGUCUGACAUAUUGAGUCCUUUGGAGGAGAGCUACAAGAAAGUGGCUAUGGAGGGCACUGGCUUGGGGGCUCCCCUGGCUGCCUAUAGGCAAUCUCAGGUGUCACAGCCUACUAUGCAGCAGCAUGCUAUGGGCCACAAUGGACCAGUGAGUGCUGCCUACCACAUGACAGCUGCAGGGGUCCCUCAGUUAUCCCACACCACCAUGGGAAGCUACUGCAAUGGCAACCUGGGCAACCUGGGCAAUAUGAGCGACCUGCCACCCUACCAGGAGACCAUGCGGAAUGGUUCGGCUACUGGAUGGUAUGGGACCAACCCGGACCCCAGAUUUACUACAAUAUCCCGUUUCAUGGGUCCCUCCAAUGGAAUGAAUAUGGGAGGACUCGGUAACAUGGGCUCACUGGGAGAUGUGGGCAAGAGCAUGGCCCCCCUGCAGAGUACCCCAAGAAGAAAGCGCAGGGUGCUGUUCUCUCAGGCCCAGGUCUACGAGCUGGAGAGACGGUUCAAGCAGCAAAAAUACCUGUCGGCCCCAGAGAGGGAACACUUGGCUAGUAUGAUCCACCUCACUCCCACUCAGGUGAAGAUCUGGUUCCAAAAUCACCGGUACAAGAUGAAGAGACAAGCCAAGGACAAGGCGGCCCAGCAACAGAUGCAGCAGGACAACAAUUCUUGUCAGCAGCAGUCCCCAAGGCGGGUUGCAGUCCCAGUGUUGGUGAAGGACGGAAAGCCGUGCCAGGCUGGCUCUAACACUUCCACAGCUGCCCUGCAGAACCACCAGCAGCAGGCAGCCGCAGCCCUCACAGUAGCCACCAACAGCUUGGGGCAGCAUCAAAGCCACCAGACAAACAGUGCAGGUCAAUCUCCAGACAUGGGUCAGCACUCCAGCAGCCCAUCCAGCCUUCAGAGCCAGGUCACCAACCUGUCUCACUUAAACUCUUCCAGUUCUGACUAUGGCACAGCCAUGUCCUGCUCCACCUUGCUAUAUGGUAGGACAUGGUGAAGGAAACCAGCCUCGGUGUCUCUGUCCCCAAACAACCCUUCUCAUCUCUUCAAAAAAUGGCAAAAAAAGAGAGAAAAAAAACUGCAGUACUUUGGGGGGGACGGAUUUAUAAGAGGGUUUCACUGAGCAAUCCAAAAAGAGAAGGGGAAGGAUAGAGAUAGUUAUUAAACUGGAUGGAUGGUACUCAAAACGUCAAAUGGAGAGAAGGAUUGGACUUCAAAUACUUUUUCUAUGGCCAUCACCUGCCUGUACAUAGGGCUAUGCUAAAA